AUGACAUUGUCAAGACUGGCGGCGGGCGACAUCUCCAGUGUCUUCCCCAGUCUGCGCCCCGACUACAAACCAGAGCCCUUACCACCCCGGUUCCGGGAUCUGAAACUCCAAUACACCCAGAAGAACGGUGACGCGUUGAAGCAGAGCUGGGAACGACUGCUCCCCAGCCUCGAAGAAGAAGUACACAAGAUCAAGGCGAAAGGAAGCGACAUCAUUCCCUCCGUCCAAUACUCCGACAUCGUCAACAACACCGUCCCCGAGGCCACGCUGGCCGAGGUCCGUCACCGCGGGUCCGUGGUCAUCCGCAACGUCGUGCCCCGCGCACAAGCCCUAACCUGGAAGGCGCAAAUCCAAGACUACAUCGCAACGAACCAGGCGCGCGUGAAGGCGUUCCCAGCCGACUCGCCCGCGGUCUACGAGCUGUACUGGACGCCGUCGCAGGCCGCGGCGCGCAGCGACGCACACAUGCUCACGACGCAGCGCUUCCUCCAACAGCUCUGGCACUCGUCCGACCCGGACACGCGCAUCUCAACCCGCAACCCACUCACCUACGCCGACCGGCUCCGCUUCCGCCAGCCCGGCGACGCGAAGUUCACGCUGGGGCCGCACAUCGACGGCGGCUCGCUCGAACGCUGGGAAGACCCGGAGUAUGCGCGCGUGUACGCUGCCAUCCUGGCCGGGCAAUGGGAGGCGUACGACCCAUGGGACGCGAAGCACCGCGUGGCCGCGAACAUGGACCUGUACAACGGCGCGGGCGCUUGCUCGAUGCUGCGCUUCUUCCAGGGCUGGCUGUCCAUGUCGCGCACAGCGCCCGGCGAGGGCUCGCUACACGUCUGCCCCAUGCUCCGCCACAGCACCGCGUACACCAUCCUCCGACCCUUCUUUGAGGUCGGCCGCGACCACCCCGCUGUGCUGGACACCACCGCGGCCUUCCCCGGCUCCGUCCCCGGCGCCUGCCAGGAGUACAACCCGUCCACCCACCCGCACCUAGCCCUCGAGCACACCAUGGUCUCCGUGCCCGAGGUAGAACCGGGCGAUUACGUCGCCUGGCACUGCGACUCCCUGCACUCCGUCGACAGGGAACACCGCGGCGCCGGCGAUUCCAGCGUCAUGUACAUCCCCGCCACCCCCAUGUGCCACAUGAACGUCGAGUACCUGCUCAAGCAGCGCCAGGCCGCGCUGGCCUACUCCCCGCCGCCGGACUUCCCGGGCGCCGGGGGUGCAGGCGAGGCCGGGUUCGAGGGAGCCUUGGAUUGGAGCGACAUCAGUCGCGAGGGCCAAAGGGCGAUGGGUCUGGGCGAGACUCCCUGGGAGGUCACGGCAGAUAUGACCGAGGGCGAGAAGGCCGUGGUGCGGGCUGCGAAUGAGGCCACCUUCCCAGCCUAA